AUGAGGCACUGGCUCAUCUUUGCCUUUUGGCUGGUAAUCCUGGCCAGCUGCGUGGACUUCACCACUCCGUCGCUUUUGGCGCUAAAGAAGAAGCUGUUUGGCGGGGGAUGGGGAGGAGGAGGCGGCGGGGGCAAUAACGGAGGCAGUGGAUAUCAUGGCGGUGGCGGUGGCCAUUAUGGAGGUGGCGGUGGCCAUCCGAGUGGAGGAGGCAGUACCAUUGAGGUCUAUCUGGUCAAGCCAAUCUACCGCGGAGGAGGAGGAGGAGGUGGCCACCACGGCGGCGGAGGAGGCGGCUACCAUGGCGGAGGCGGCGGCGGGGGAGGACCUUCCCAGUGGGGCGGAGGCGGCGGCGGAGGACCUUCCCAGUGGGGCGGAGGCGGCGGCGGAGGCGGUGGCGGUGGCUCCUACGCCAGCAGCAGUGCUAACGCAAAUAGCUGGAGCUCCGGAGGAGGAGGAGGUGGCUGCCAUUCUUGUGGCGGCGGCGGAGGAGGUGGAAGUAGCUCCUACGCCAAGGCUUCGGCGAACGCAUAUGCAGGCAACUGGUAA